AUGGCCAAUCGUAAUGAAAGCCCUUCUCAGGAACCUUCCAUCGAGGAGCAACCCCAGCCCCAACCCCAAGGUCAUUGCAAAGAAAAUGAAUAUGUGAACACUGUCCAUGAGACGAUCGAACUCCAAGAUGAUCCCAGGAAAUGGUCGCCUAUGAGGAAGUGGAUAACCCUAGCGACAGUGGCAAACGGCUCAUUGGUCGUUGGGUUUGCGCCGAAUAUCUACAAUCCUGCCAUUAAUGCAAUCAAAUCUUCACUCCAUGCUCAGGAUUGGCACAUCUCAUUGACCCUUUCUUUAUUCAUCCUGCUGUCGGGCAUCUUCCCAAUGCCAUGGAGUCUCACUAGCGAGUUGGUCGGCAGAAAGCGUGUGUAUAUGGUUUCCCUAACAAUAGCACUUGGUGGUUACAUUGGCGCCGCGGUCGCAAACUCGAUCGGACUGUUGAUUGGGAUGCGCUGUAUUCAGGCGAUGGGUAAUAGCUCCUUAUUCUCGGUAGGAGCAGGUUCGUUAACCGACAUUUACGAUGUUCACGAGCGCGGAACAAAAUUCGGUAUCUACUAUGCUGCACCCAUGCUUGGACCAUCUCUCGGCCCAGUCCUUGGUGGUAUUUUGACGAGAUACUUGUCCUGGCGCGCUACUUUUUGGUUUCUCGCCAUUUGGAUCGGCGUUACCAUCUUCAGCGUGCUCGCUUUAAUGAAAGAGUCUUUCCGGAAAGAUCGUAGUACUACAUAUCAGGAUGCAUUGGCAAUACGAACUGAAAAGAUCGCUAGGAGGCAAAGCCAGGCGAUACACCGUUCGUCAUGCGAGGAAGCGACAUCACUAAAGAGGGUCGUUAAGAAGCGUAACAAUGUAGUCCUACUAAUUGCUACAGGGCUAAACUAUGGGUUCACUUACAGUAUAUCUUAUACCUGUACUUUGUCUCUCUCUGACAAAUACCAUCUGGAUGCGCUCAAGAUAGGGCUGGUACUACUUGCUUAUGGACUAGGCAGCAUGGCAGGGAGUGUCCUAGGCGGACGAUAUUCAGAUUAUCUUCUGGCUCGCUCACGCUCCCUGAAUAACACUGCAGUUGCUCCAUCUGAAGUGCGUCUCGCGACCACUAUACCGGGUCUUAUCAUAAUGCCAGCACUGUGCCUUGCAUAUGGGUGGAUGGCACAAUACGCUGUACACAUCUCAGGGAUCGCUAUCAUCCUUUUCUUCGGAGGUCUUUCUUCUAUCUGGGUUUAUUCUCCUACCAUGUCAUACCUGCUUGACAUCAACCCGGGGAAUACUACAGUCACUGUCGCCUGCAACAGCUUCAUACGUGGCCUCCUCGCUUUCUUGUUUGCGGAAGUUGCAGUUCCUCUCCAGAAUGCCAUAGGGGACGGUGGCUUGUACUCGUUAUGGGCUGGCCUGUGGGCCCUUUGCGCUGUCCUAGUACUGAUAGUCUACUUCAAAGGGGGUCACUGGAGAGCGCAAUCUUCUUCAAGCGUUUAA